CGAGAGCAUUGGAAGACAAAUAGAAAUGGAGUCGGAGAAUUCAAUCAAGUAUCGAACUUGUAGUUGGCAAAAGACUGCGGCCCUGCUGUUUUCCGAGUACAUUUGUCUGGCUAUCAUGUCAUUCCCCUGGUCCUAUUCCAUCCUUGGUCUUGUUCCGGGUUUGAUUCUAACGGUCGUCAUCGCUGCCAUUGUCCUUUACACAUCCCUCACGGUUUGGUAAGUCAAUCGCAUUCGUUCUGGGAUCGCCACGCUCAUUCUAGUCCAGGCGGUUUUGUUUGCGCCACCCCGAGGUUCGCGAUGUCUGCGAUAUUGGCCAGUACCUGUUCUGGGACUCGAAGAUUGCUUGGUAUUUGACCGCUAUCAUGUUCUUGUUGAACAACACCUUCAUUCAGGGCUUGCAUUGCUUGGUCGGCGCUGAGUGGUUCAACACCGUAACCAACCAUUCCACUUGCACCAUCGUUUUCUCCUUGAUAACGGCUAUCAUCGCAUGGGUCUUUUCGCUGCCUCGAACAUUCAGCGCGCUCUCCAAGGUCGCAACCUUCUCCGCCCUUUUCACAUUUAUCUCUGUCCUGUUGGCUAUGAUCUUCGUCGGAAUCGAGGACCACCCAGCUGGUUAUAGUCCCGCAGAUGGCGACCCCAUUGUCAAAGCAUUUCCCGCCAAGGGAACAACUUUUGUGUCCGGCAUGAAUGCCUUUUUGAAUAUCAGCUAUACAUUCAUCGGACAGAUCACACUCCCGAGUUUCAUCGCUGAGAUGAAGGAACCCAAAGACUUUUGGAAAUCGGUCACUGCCGUGACAGUCGCCGAAGUUAUCGUCUUCAGUUUGGCGGGUUCCAUCGUCUACGUAUAUACGGGCAACCAGUACAUGGAGACGCCAGCAUUCGGCUCCAUAAGCGACGAGGUCUUUAAGAAGGUGUCAUUUUCGUUCAUGGUUCCAACAUUGGUCUUCCUCGGUGUCCUGUAUGCCUCCGUGUCGGCUCGUUUCAUCUUCUUUCGCCUUUUCGAAGGAACCCGUCACAAGGGUAACCAUACCGUGGUCGGAUGGGCCUCCUGGGCCGGCAUUCUGGCUGUCCUAUGGAUUCUGGCCUUCAUCAUUGCCGAGGUCAUUCCAUUCUUCUCUGACCUUCUUUCCAUCAUGAGCUCGCUGUUUGAUUCAUUCUUCGGGUUCAUCUUCUGGGGUGUUGCCUAUCUCCGCAUGCGACGUGCGAAACACGGGCCCGGUUUCUACAAGAACCGUGGCCUUCGCGGUUGGCUUGGCUUUCUCCUGAAUAUCGGCUUGAUCUUUGUUGGGCUUUUCUUCUUGGGACCAGGAACCUAUGCUUCAGUUGACGCCGUUGUCCUCAGUUAUCGGGCCGGUACCGUGGGAAGCGCCUUCUCCUGUGCUGAUAACGGACUUUAGACUAUAUCUUGUUUGAUUUUUUUGCGUUUUUUUUUUUUUAUUCCGGGAUCAGAGGUAAUAAUAAUGGGGAAUUUAAGAUCGGAGGGCGUUGACGACCCUGGGGGUUUCAGGCGUGGCCGGUUACACAAUUCUUGAGAGCUAUUCCAUUCAUCUUGUUGGAUCUCACAUUAUUGUAGUACUUAGUUACUACUUACUGCCUUUAUCGCAUGCGCAUUUUACGCUUCUGGAGAACCCUCCGCGGGAAAACGAACCUGCACUGAGGCUGUCGGUCGCUUUAGGGCACGGGAGGCCCUUGAACGUUGGAUAGAUCAGGCUCGAUCCUUUCUCACUCGGCCGACCUGGAUAGUCAG